AGUAGUAGUAUUUUAUGGUCCGUUACCAGUGUUGUAUUUCUAUUAUCACGACUGUCAUCGUCCUGCUAGUAGUGUUUAGGGAAACAACCAUUAAAUGCAAUGCAUAGUUGCAUGAAAUGCACGCAAUUACAAUGAUUUGCUGUUACUGAUGUUGCUAGUAUUAGAUUCCCUUGUAACCGGUGAAGUGACACAAGCCGAACAUGGCCACUGUUAAAGUAACCGAGCAAAAAGUUAUUCUGUGCGGGGAAUACGGUGUUGGAAAAACGUCUAUAUUUAGGCGUUUCGCGAACAAUACUUUUGUAACAAGUAACGAUCGUAAAUCAACACUUGGCCUCGAUAAUAUCGACAAAGAAUACGUUGUCGAAGACAGACGAAUACGACUGCAAUUAUGGGACACAGGUGGUAUGGAAAGAGUAGCAUCAGUAACAUCAAGCUACUACAAAUUUGCAGAAGCUGCUAUUUUAGUUUUUGCAUUAGACAAUUCAAGUUCUUUUCACCUUUUAUCUCAGCAUUUGCUUGACAUUGUUACAUAUGCUGAGAAUGCAAAGAUAUUCCUUUGUGGAAAUAAAAGUGACUUGGAAAGCACAGCCCCACAAGUUACUGAUGCAGAAAUGGAGCAGUUCUGUGAACAAUGUCAUAAUUUAAUAUCUGGUAUAUACAAAACAUCGUGUAAAACUGGGGAAGGAAUACAUGAAAUGUUUGAAGAUAUAGCACAACAUCUGGUUGAAGCUAACAGGUCACGUAUGGAAUUACAUGAAAUGGAUAAAGAUAGGUUUAAAAUUUCGUAUAUUGAUGAAGCCACUGAUCCAUCAUGUUUGUGCUAAAUAUUGAACAUUAGCAAGUGUGAAUGAAGUAACUUUUUUAUAACUUGGAAAAGCUCAACACACAGCAAUAAAGUGUGAAGAGUAAUGGUAUCUUUUUAUAUGAAAUACUAAUCAUAAGAAACUUUCCUAUGAGGGAAAAUACUGUGAGGAGAAAAGAGGGAAUAUUAAUAUGAAAUUUAUAUACAAUUAUAAUCGAACUUAAAAUUUCCCAAAAGUAAAGAAUUUCAAAUAAAAAUUUAUUACAUACUGAACAAUGUUUUACUCAAUUAGGCUUGAUCUAUUUCGGAAACUUACGGUUCGUAUAUUUAAUCCACACUAUCUACAUAAUCAGGUAGUCAGGACUAUGCGGUAAGAAGCCAUUAGUGUUGAGUCCAUUGGAUAGAUUUUAGAUCGAUUCCCUCUUGUACCAUCUCCCACAAUGGACUGCAAAGCAAAUUGUUUAAGAUCAUGUACUUCAAAUCAUGAAACGUCCAACAAUAAAAUUAUACCCUCCGUUUGCUACGACUGUCGUGCUUUUAGCCGAAAAUGCGUAAAUAAAACUAACGUAAACUGAUUAAUUAAUGCUUUCGCAUCAAAUGAACAUUUGUAUCGUAACUGAACGAAUUAUACCUCAUUUCUCGAAGUCUCUGUACAUGUUGAAUUGUAUUUUUUGCGGUGUAAUCAAUCUCGUCAAUCGUUGUAAACCGGCCAAUACCAAAUCUGAAAAUAAAUAAUCUUUGCAACAUUA